GCGAAAUGUGUACAAAUAGUCACAGUGGCAAAGCAAAGAUCCAGUUAACAGUUGACGGAAGUUUUAUUAUCAGGUGAAAAUCGGUUUUUGAAGUGAAGUGGUGCUUUUCUUGCUCGGCAGCACAUGCGUUAGUUUAUUUAAAAAAAAGAACAAGUGAGCAGAGUAGUUUACGUUUUGCGGCAAUCAUUUUUAAAUGUAUACAUACUUACUGAUACCAGCUGUAGCAAGACAUUCUUCACAGCAUGAACUCCGAAGUAGAGUUCCACAUACGAAACAAUGAUACUUGGGCGAAACUUCCUGCUAAUGUUAAACAGAGCCUUGGAAACUCGCAGAAAGAGUAUGAAAAAUGGAUAGUCCAAUUCAGCCUCGGAAAUCAAUUGAGAUACAAAGGAAAUCUCAUCAGAUUGGUUCGGAGAGAUGAACGCCGUUAUUAUGAAGAUGUGUUGGAUUAUAGCAAACAAAAUUUAAUGCUAUAUCCUUACCAUCUAUCUGAUGUUGUUGUAAAGGGGCUAAGAGUAACACCUUUCCAAUACUACACGGCAAUGAUGGAGAGUAUUAUGGCACAGGAGAAGAGCUAUGAUUCUCUUCCUAACUUUACAGCUGCUGACUGUCUCAGAUUAUUAGGAAUUGGCAGAAAUGAGUAUAUAGAACUAAUGAACCAGUAUCGUACUCGGCCGAGGCUCUUUAGAAAGAAGACAAUUAGGGAUCUUUUGCCAGCAAAACCGGCAAAAAUUAUGGUUAAGCCAUGGUGGAAUGUUGAAGUUGGUUUGGUAAUUGAGGAUGAUAUAAAGUUGAUAAGUGAAGAAGAGAAGAAAGUUAUAGAUAAAAUUAUUGAUAAUGGCACUCAGAAAGCUGGUGAUCUUGAUAUUAAUCUGAUACAUAAUCUCUAUUUGAAGGGCCUUAUCUACCUGGAUGUUCCUAUUGAAGAUGAUGACUGUAUAAUUGUACCACCCUUGAAAGGAUUUGUAAUGAAUCGUGUACUGGGUGAUUAUUUUGAAACAUUACUUUACAAAAUUUUUGUAUCCAUUGAUGAACAUACAACAGUGGGUGAGUUAGCAAAUGUACUCCAGAUUGAUCCUCAGGCAGUAAAAAAUGCUGUUUCCUUGUAUUGUCGUCUUGGAUUUGCGUACAAAAAAUGUGUUGAAGAUGAUCAAGAGGAUACAAAUGCUAUCUGGAAAGCGGGUGAUCCUUCUAGUAAGAAGAGCAUAUCAGUAGAACCAGUACCUCUUGACCUGACUUCGCCAUUUAGUGAAGCAGUUACAACGCCCACUGAUGAUGCAUCAAGUGGUACAGAAGAGGUCGAAGCAGCCUUCUUAUCAAACCAGCCACGAAGUAUGCGCAUUGCCUUCCUGUUUGAUUCAACACUAACUGCAUUCCUCAUGAUGGGCAACUUAUCUCCAGGGUUGAAGAAUCACGCAGUAACCAUGUUUGAAGUGGGGAAGCUAUCUGAUGAAUCACUAGAUAGCUUUGUUACUGAACUAGAUAGCAUAUCAACAGUGGAUAGUGAAGGUGAAGCUCAACGAUACUUUGAACAUGCCUUCAAUUUACGUUCUACCAUUGGAUUUUUACGGAGUAAUCCUGCCAUGGGACAAGAUCUGAACUUGCCUCUAGAUCUGGUACGCUGUGAAAGCUUGCAGUCUUUAGAUCCUGCUACCUGCACUCGCCUGCUUGUUAAGAAUUACAGGCUGCUUGUUUCGAUGGCGCCACUGAGUAAAGAAAUAAGACCAAUUAGCAGCUGUAUGCCACCUCACCUAGGACCUGCUAUUCCGGAAGUAAAUAGUGUGUGGUUUAAACUGUUCAUAUAUUAUAUUACUGGAUAUGGUCCUCCAUCUCUACUUCUAGUGAAAGGUUCUCGAAUUAAGAGGCUACCAGCUGUAUUCUGUAAAUAUGAAAAGCUCUUGGUGACUACAUGGGGACAUGAUCCUGGAGUUCUACCUGUCAGUAAUAUUAUUUUUACCCUCAAUGAAGCACUUUGCCAUUCAGCUGUUUUGGUCCAGGCUUAUGGUAUUAGCCGAGUAGCAGAAACAUUCUUGGUACCAUUUCCGAUGUCUUCAAAACCACUAGCUAUUGGUGGCAGUUUUCAGAAUGUGUGCACCACUGAUGUUGAUUGGAAUUCCCAUCCUGCUGUAAGGAAACUGUCUGACGUUAUUGAUCUGAAGUGCAGCUGUGGCUUUAUAAGUAUGGUUGAUACAGAGAACAGUAUAGAUGGUCAUACUAACAAAAGUAAUUUUUAUAGGCACACUCCAGAAGAAUCUAAGUGCAUUUCGCCUAUCUCCAGUUCAGGAUCUAAUGUUGACAGCUUUGUAGAAGCUUGGGUGAAAACAGGAUCCCCAGAUGACACAUUUGAAGAGCCCACUAGUGUAGAUUUAUUACCUAGCAAUGGCUUCACAAAUGGUGAAUGUGCUUCUGUCUUAAAAAAAGAAAUAGAUAGCACAUAUCCUGAAAAAUUAAAUAUUAAAUCAAAGUCUGUUGACAAUGAAAUUAGGAAUGACAGUAGCCUCUUGUCCUCAGAAAAUGAUAGUAGUGAAAAGAGAGAUCUUGAGAAUAUAUCUACAGAUAUAAAUCGAUGGACUCUUUUGGAGUGUAGUUUUGGAAUUCCACUGUUUAACCAGGAAAUAAACAGAGAAAUUUGCAAGAAUAUCCUCCAUUACAAACUGUAUCAAGAAGAUAGUCUGCGUCAACUUACUCAUUCCAGUCGUAAAUUGUGCCUCAACUUGUUGGACUUCAUAGCUAAAUUUCAGGAGUUACCAGUCCUUCAGGAAGAGUUAAGCAAUAUUUACAAUAAACAGCUCAGUAAUGUUGUUUUGCCUACAAGAAAUCUUCUGUUUAUUGGUGGGGAGCUGAAAACUUGGGAUGGAAAAUGAGAACUGUCACAACAAAGGUAGCUGUUUCUCAAGCAGACUGACAUUUCCUGAUCUUCGGCUGGUUUCUUUGACAAAGAGAAAUUCUGUGUUGUAUCAUAUUCAACUAUCCACCAACUAUCAAUUUGAAUGAGUUUUUAAAUUCCACUUGCAGCCAGAGGUACAAAAUUCUACCUCUGAUAGUUCUCUUGUGUGACAGGUUAAACAGAAUUUAGUUUCUGUACAAUUCAAUCUAUAUUUUGUUUAGUUAUGUUUAUUUGAGUAUAUACCUGUAGCUACUUUUAAACCAUUCCUUCAACAGUUGCCCUUCAUUGUUGUUGCCAAUAGGUUCAGCAGUGUGUUAUCACCAUUACUGUAUUCUAAUCCCAGUUUUGUCUGACCAGGUAGAUAAUAGCAGACUGCAGUUAUCAGUUGUCAUUACAGUACCAAUGACAUGUUUGUAACAUUACAUUUUAAGAUAUAGAUAUUACUCUAUUGGCAAAUAUUUAUUUCCAAUAAUAUUGUAGUAAACUUUAAUUUUAUUGCUUUUGUUGGGCAAUACAAUAUUGUUCUUUAAUGGUAUUGUUUGUUGAUGUUCUUUUUCAAUAUAUGUGCAAUUGAUAUAAUUUGUCUUUGGUGCUUUUUCUCAUUGCCAGAUACUUAUAGGGAGUUAGAAGUGAAAGCAUUGUAAUUCUAUCUCACAUUUUAGUAUUGUUGUUGUAGAUCAUCACAGGAGCCUGUUGGAAAAAAAAAUAUUUAGUAUUCUUUAAAUUUAGUGGUUCAUGUUCCUAGCUGUUCAAUCAAACAGCUUUAUGCAAAUUGUCUGGGCUUCAUUCUUUGGUACAAUUAUAUUAGAUGUAUGACUAUUGAACUCUAAUGAUUGUUGCUCUGUUUGGAAGGCUCAUCAUCUGCUUCCGUUUUCAUGUGUAUUUGUAUGUAAAAGUUUUCUCUUUUGUUUUUAAAGAUGCUGUGCAUGAAACAAUCUGAACUUUCAUGGCCUAAGUGUGUUGUGUAAUAAGCAGGUGCAAAAUUUCUCAUAAGGCUACAUGGUUUUCUUCUAUUGGUAUUUUGUAAGGUACACAUGGGAAUAAUAGCUAUUGUGUAUAACAUUUUUAGUUUUAUCUAAGUAUUUGUAUGACAUGGACUGAUCUUUUCAGUGUGUAAACUGAAAGAUGAAAUUUUGCAUAAAAUGAAUAAUUGAAGUAACAUAGACCACAUAUGUUUGUGGAUCUCUGUAUCAGGUAAACUGACAUGGUUUCAGAGCAGAUUAUCCUCAAAUGUCUUUU